AUGGUGCCCAUGGAGCUGACCCUGGCCGCUGGACUUCCAACUGCCAAGUGGUACCACCGACAGCUAGGAGCGGGGUUGGUUGUGCUGCCAGCUGGGGCAGGAGUUUCAUCAGAAAAAAGUGAAGAGAAAGAUGAUGAUGGGGAAGACACUGGAAAGUGUUACUACUUUCGAUGGAGGAAAGCUGUCGAGCGCUAUCAAGCUCCACUGGAAGAGCCAAGACAACGUAAGACAUUUUCUUCGAGCCGGUCUUCCCCUGUCAGACAGAGAGCCUCCUUUACAAGUGCCCAGUCACAAGGCUCGUGCCGCAGAAAUACUGGCAGACGGAGACACGCAGUCCACAACAGUGACUCUACAUCCUCUUCCUCAUCUGAUGAUGAAGAGCAUUUUGAGAGGCGCAGGAAGCGCAGCCGCAGCAGAGCUUUGAGGAGGUGUCUUCCACUUAACUUUGGGGAAGAGGAGUUAAAGGGAAUUCACCAGGAUCAAAUGGAAAUCGGAGCAAGUCUGGCUGAUGUGGAUCCAAUGAAAAUAGAUUGUUCGGUACGAUUUGAUGGCGUGGGUGGCCUUUCUGACCACAUUUCAUCUCUAAAAGAGACGGUCGUUUUUCCCUUGCUUUACCCGGAAGUCUUUGAGAGAUUCAAAAUUCAGCCGCCAAGACGCUUUCUAUUCCAUGGUCCACCAGGAACUGGAAAGACACUGGUUGCUCGUGCCCUUGCUAAUGAAUGUAGCCAAGGUGCCAGGAGAAUAGCCUUUUUUAUGAGAAAUGGUGCCGACUACCUGAGUGAAUGGGUGGGAGAAUCUGAACGACAGCUUCAUUUAUUAUUUGAUCAGGUAAGGCCAAAAUGCGCUGCUAGAAAAGAGAUUUUCAAGAUUCACACACGAGAGUGGACCCCUAAACCAUUGGACACGUUUCUGGAAGAGCUAGCUGAAAAAUGCGUUGGAUACUGUGGCGCCGAUAUUAAAGCCUUGUGUGCUGAAGCUGCCCUGUGUGCUUUGCGCCGGCACUAUCCUCAGAUCUACCAAAGUCGUGAGAAACUGCAGUUAGAUGUCGCUUCUAUUGAAAUAAGAGCAAAGGAUUUUGUGGUGGCGAUGCAGAAGAUUGUUCCAGCUUCACAGAGGGCUGUGGCUUCAGCUGGGCGAGCGCUACCACCUAUGUCAAAACCACUGCUGGAAAACACACUAGCAAGAAUUUUAGAAGCCUUGCAGGAAGUAUUUCCUCACGCAGAGCUUGCGCUAGAGAAGAACCAACAGCAAGACACUUUCCAUGAUCUUUUAAGAAAUGGUGCAGUUGACAGUGAUGAGGAAUCACCAUCAAUCUUUGAAGAUCAGGCAACACAUCAAGUGCCUGGUACACAGCAGAAAAAAUUCCUCCGUUUUAGCAGUUUUCAAAAUCCAGCUGGAUCUACCAAGGAAGAAAGAAGAACGUUUUUUGAGGACGUCACUAUCAAUCAAGCUGCUAAAAGUCCUGUGUCAAAAAGCAAUGCAGAUAGGUCAAAAAGAAAGCGCAGAACGAACAAAAGAUCUUCAGGUAUCGCAGCAAAGAGGAGGAAUUUUCAGUUCAAUCAAGAGAAGAAUGUUCCAGAAGACCAAAAUGAAGCCGAGAGUGAGGAAGAGCCUUCAGAAAACCAUGUUCCUAACACCGCUUUCACUGAAGGAGGGUCCACCCAGGAUUCUUCUCUGGAAGAAAAUGGAAACGUCCUUCAAGCAGUUACUGCAGAAGCACUCUUGCCAAAAAUGGAUGACAUGGAGAAGGUGGAAUUGCUUUGUCCUGGUUUCUCUGACACUGUUACAUUAUUAACCUGUGAUUAA